CAAAUCUAGAUCAGAUUUAAAUAGAAUUAUAAAAAGAGUUUUAGCACCACAAAACAAGUCAAAUGUGUUUCCGAAAAUAAAACGAGAACCACAUUUUCUAAUGUGUAGGCCAACAUAUACUCUGCCAAGGCUCUCCUCCGACUAUCUAAAUGGUGACUAGAUAUAUUUUAGAUCAUCACAUGAGCAGCCGUUGGUAAGUUUUACAAAAACAAUUCCUUUUUUGAAAUGGUAAAAGAGGCACAUUUGCUGCUAUAAAAACUCUCCAAGUUUAUAAUCAAACAAACUGUGAUGACAAUCCAGAAAAAUUGAGAAGUAGUUUAAUGUCACGUUGCCAAAACAAGAUUGAUACAGGUAUUAAUAAUAACUGUAAACUUAAACAAUGGCAUGAAACCAGGUAAUCCCUGACAGCUCAGAAUUAAGAGGCUUAUAAUUAAAACAAUUGUGAAUUGUUCUAUGUGCUCUCAAAUUGUCAAAUGUAUGACUUCUGCAAGGCCGACAAGCAGGUGCAGGCCUCUGUGUAAGCAAGCAUCUGCCUAACUGAAGCGUUCACGUGAACAAGAUGCUGAAUCCCGAACCAGCUCUGAGGUUGUAUGCCUUGCAGCUGGGCCUGGCCUCUGACCUGUCUGGUGGGGGCUACUUAAGAACAUUUCCCUGUAGGGGACCAGUAAAGUGGUGCAUUAUUUGUAUUGUUGAGUGGAGUGUGAAGUAAAUUAUAGGAAAAGCACCUGUUUCACUCUGGGGGUGUCAGUGAUGUCCUUUAAUGUAAACCAGCUCUCUAGUGCCACCAGCUGACUAGACAGCAGAGCACAGCAACAUAGGGAUGGAUUACUCUGUAUAGGUUUAUAUCUGUGUACACAAAACUAUAGAUCAAGUUAUAUGAAGGAAAGUGUCACUGGUUUCCCCCCCCAGUCAUCCUGUUAGCUACACCCCACCUACACCUCCCUAGCUUUGAGUGAAUAAUCUAUAACAACCAAAAAGAACGAUUUCAUGAGAAUUUGUGAUAUGAUAAUAUUAUAAUUGAGGUUGUAUAAGUGGGGUUACUAAUUUAAUAUUGUCUUGUGAGGAAACAUCUUGAAACCGUUUAGGGUUCCCCAUGAAUCAACAUAGUCCAGCAGCGCCACCAAGUGGUCGUGAGGUGGCAAAUAUCCUAAGAAGAGGACUGACCGGGAAACCCGUUUAUCUUAUUUUAUUGUAGGCCUAUUAUCAUUAUGUAGCGACCCGGUCAGGAAAGCUACAUGACGACAUCUUGAUUAUUGCCGUUUAUUUGGGGACAGUACACAGGCUACCAGGGCUCUCAAGUCUCACGCAUUGAGGGUGAGACUCACGCAUUUCGGUCUUAUCUCACGCACUCCCGCCACACAUCGAAUUCCUCACGCUGAAAAAACCUCUCGGCUAUUUAAUGCUUGAAUGCAGGGGUGCUCAAUACGCCGAUCGAUUGUUCCGCUGCAGAGCUCCGACGCCGGUCUGCGCGCAUUGGGAUGGAGCAGAAAAAUAGUCACUAGCACCCCCCCCCCCCACCCCCCGUCAACAACUCUUUUCGGCUCGAUGCCGGCGCGCGCAACAGUCAGAUGUAUCGGGUGCUGAUGGAAAUCUCACGCUUGCCUGUCUUCAAAACUUGAGAGCCCUGGGCUACUAGUGGGCCGUAGCCGACGCCAAACAACAGCCAACACGUUAAACAUUCGACUUCGUCUCCUCCCGGUCAUAGACUACUCUCAACAGGCAAGUAACACAAACACCAUCACAGUUUACUUGCUCUGCCAAUCCGAAGUAGUCCAGGUGUCCCACCCACCCCCACAGGUAGCUAUAGGAUGAUUGACAGGUUUCAAAGCAACGCAGUGAGACCUUCACUGACCUCCUGUAAUUCACAUAACCAAUUUUUAUUAUCAAGAACAACUUCUUCCUGUAAACACAAUAACACGUAUAACGUAACAGGUUAACAUUACAUGUCCAUCAGUCCUCUAACAUAUUAUUGCAAUGUAAUAGGUAGUUAGUUAUUGCUAUAUUUUUACAAACUUUUUCCUAAAAAUAUUAUAUUUGAAACUGCUUUAAUUAUUUUUUUAAAGGUGCAUUUUACUUGUAGUUGUACAAUUUAUGUCGCCACCAGGAUAUUUGUGGUUGCAAUGAUGCAUAUUUGAUAGCGUAGUAAAAGAAACACCUUUUGUAAUCAUAGGAAUUAUACCGUCUUGGGCCCAACCACACUGCUGGACUGGACGCUGUAGUCUAUUGUCAGCCAAAAAGUUCACCACAGAUGGAACCAUUUAAAAAACACUUCCUAAAACUGUCUAUUAUAAGUCUUCUGGAAACUGAAAUGACCAACAAUGUAUGUUUGGAUUAUGGAUAAAUAGGUUUGGGUCAGCAGCAGAUAGGCCAACUACUUCACAAUGAUUAGUUUAGAUUCCAAAGUAUACAUUUAUGUUUAAAUACAAAUCAAAUUACACUUAUUGUGUCCUGGCAUGGCAUAAUCCUGACUUCAGGAACAUGGCGCACUUCUUGACUUUCAACCUCGGAUAUUUAUUCACCCUCGUUUAUCUGUUUGACCAAACGUAAAUCCAUCACUGAAAUGUCUCGCGAUACAUGGCGCACAUAUAUUAGGACAGACACGAGAGGGCUUGCCCACUCUGAUGGUCGUUGGGUUUCCUUGAGGGCGUUGGUGAAGUUUGGAUCAGUCAGGAGUCUCAAAUCUGCACAAGAAAGAUCCAACCAUGUCGGACGCGGUGGUUAGCUUCAUGAAGGACUUUUUGGCCGGUGGCAUUGCCGCUGCCAUUUCAAAAACAGCUGUUGCUCCCAUUGAGAGAGUAAAGUUGUUGCUGCAGGUCCAGCAUGCCAGCAAGCAGAUCACCGCAGAGAUGCAGUACAAGGGAAUCAUGGACUGUUUGAGAAGGAUCCCACAGGAGCAGGGCUUUAUUUCCUUUUGGAGAGGCAACCUGGCCAACGUGAUCCGUUACUUCCCCACCCAAGCCCUCAACUUCGCCUUCAAAGAUAAGUACAAGAAGGUCUUCCUCGGUGGUGUGGAUCAAAAAACACAAUUCUGGCGUUACUUCGCUGGUAAUCUCGCAUCUGGCGGAGCCGCCGGGGCGACUUCGCUCUGCUUCGUCUACCCUCUUGACUUCGCCAGAACAAGACUCGCUGCCGACAUCGGCAAGGGGGCAUCUGGGAGAGAGUUCAGCGGCCUUGGAAACUGCCUCACCAAAACCUACAGAUCCGAUGGCCUCAAGGGUCUUUACCUUGGAUUCAACGUGUCAGUGCAGGGUAUUAUCAUCUACAGAGCGGCCUACUUUGGAUGCUUCGACACAGCUAAAGGUAUGCUGCCAGAUCCCAAAAACACGCACAUCUUCAUCACCUGGAUGAUCGCUCAGACGGUCACCGCUGCAGCUGGUAUUAUCUCAUACCCCUUUGACACUGUCAGACGUCGUAUGAUGAUGCAGUCUGGACGCAAACAAGGUGAGCAUCACUCAUGCUUGUGUCCUAUAAUAAUGCAUUUAAUUGUUUUCGUUGCCCAAUUACGCAUUUUACACAUGGGCGUUAUGGUUCACUUUCCAUGUCUUCUGUCCACAGCUGACAUCAUGUAUACAGGCACAAUUGACUGCUGGAAGAAGAUCCAUAAGCAAGAGGGGUGGAAAGCCUUCUUCAAGGGUGCCUGGUCCAAUGUUAUCAGAGGCAUGGGCGGUGCCUUUGUGUUGGUGCUGUACGAUGAGAUUAAGAAGUACACAUAA